GAAUCGUCGUGAAAAUCCACAGUGAAAUCGGUGAAAUUGUGAAAGUGAAUAUAAGUGCUGGCUGAUCCUGCGAAUUGUAAUCGUGUGUGUGUAUGUGCGUGUGUGUUGAUCUCCAAAAACAAUAAUUGAGAGCAAUUAUAGUGCUCGCAGUGGGAACGCAAGUGAGAUUUGCUCAGAAUGAGAGCUGUAGGCGCUUGUGCGUUGCUCUUGGCAAUCUGUAGCUGCCAGGGCUAUAACAGCUUCAGAACCAGCUACAGUUCCAGUUCGUCAUCAUCGUUUGGAGGCGGCAACGGACAAUCGCAAUCGAUGCAAUUGCAAAUGCCAUCCCAGCUGACCAGCUGGGCAUAUAGCCAUUUGAGGGAGGUGCGCGAAUUUGCCAUACGACUCACGAAUGAAUUCAACUCAAUGUCCACAGGCGGCAGCGGCAAUAUGGGAUAUGCCUUGAAAUGGAGUGACAACAUAUUGCAGCUGACUGGGAAGAGUGCCAGCGAACUGGAUGCUUUGUGUAAGCAGAUCAGCCAGCAGCUGGUUAAUGAUAUGCGACAGGAGCUAAUGAGCUACAGCCAGAUCGCUCAGGCAGGAUUUUUCGAUGCCAAGGCGGGAGAGGUGCUGGAGAAAUACGCCAUGGGCGGCGUUCAGCAGCAAACUGUGGAUUUGAAUCCAUUUCAACCGGUCGAUUUGAGCGGCUUCGAUGAGGUGAAGAAUUAUGCGUAUCCCGCUGAGGUGAAAGUCAUCGAUGGCAAGACCUAUGUGGUGCAUCGCAAUUGCACCGAGGCCACAAAACUGUCCUCUACCUUUGGCAGCAAUACCGCAGCUCAAUUGAAUCAGGGCUACUUUGCGCCCAGUUCGAGCAUUUCGAGCACAAACGUUAAUCGACAGUCCUCGUUACAGGAUUAUAUUGGACAGCGUUUGGAGCCAACAGUGGUCAAUUACAGAUCAGUGGUUAGCAUCGGUGAUACCAGAGGCGGUGCUCCCGUUCCCACAUACGCAAGCCAACCGCUUGAGAUGCCCUCUUUCAGUCAGAUGGGUGGACCUCUUUCCACAGUGACAGUUCGACGAUUCAAUAAGACCAUAACAACACAUGCCGAUGGCACCAGCUCCGUAGAUGGUAGUGAGUCGCAGCAGCGCUGGCAGGAUGGUAAACUGGUCUACAAUAGCAGGCAACCGUUUGGCCAAACCUCCGUUUCCGGGGACGAUCAAUGGAAGCGCGAGGAGCGUGAGCAUUUCUUUUGGUAUCUAACGACGCCACAGCGUCUAGAGGAUUGGCAGCUUCAGCAUGAGGAUCGUCUGCUGGCCGUUGCACAACGUUAUCACACCACAUUGCCCAUACUGCAGGAGUUCCAUCGCAGGGAGCUUGCACGCUAUCAGGCACUGUUGGGUCAGUAUCAGGCCCAGGUGCAGGAUGCGACCGCAUGGCAGCGGCAGGAGCGUGGUCGUCUCGAUUGGCUCAUCCAUCAGAAUAGUUUGAGCUCGCAGGAAUUUGAGCGUUGGCAGCAGGAGAAUAACGCAAAGUUGCGCAUGGUGGCCCAAAGGAACGGCAUAUCGCAGGACCAACUACAGCAAUGGCAGCGCCAGGAAGUACAGCGUCUCCAUACCCACUAUAAUCACAUCAAUGAUUCACUCGCCUCACACGUAAUCCAAGUCCCUCAGGUGACCAUUCACGACUCCAGCUCACUGGUUGUGGACAACGCCCAGGAGCAGCAGCGUAUGGAAGAGCUCAUUCGCCAGCACAAUGCGACAAUUGCACAGCUCCAGAACGCGAUACUGUCGGAUCAGCAACGCUUGAAGGAUUUGUCCUUGAAAUAUCAGGGCGAUAGACAGAGUCAGACACAGUGGCUGCGAAGUGAAGUGGCACGCAUUGGUGAUCUCAUCAAGGAGCAGAACGAGCAGGUGAAGCAGAUUAGUGCCUGGCAGAGUUCGGAGCGCACCCGCUUGGAAACGAUGCUCAAACAGCAUCGUGGCAGUCUGAGUGAGUUGCAACAGCAAAUAGCUCAGGAUCGCAGCUAUGUGCAGAAUCUGGCUGCCAAAUAUCGUGUUGGAGUCGAUGAGCUGGAGAGGUGGCAGCGGGAUGAGCUGCAUCGUUUGCAGAUGGUUGGACAACAGCAGAUGGAGAGUCACAUCAAGGAUUGGCAGGUGCAAGUCAGUGCCGGAUUGCGCAAUAUUAUCGGGCAAAAUCAAUUAACCAUUGAGGAGUUCCAAAGCUCCAUUAUCAAUGAUCGGGCACGCCUCGAGCAAUUUGCACACACCUACAAAGUGCGCGUGGAGGAGAUUGAAAUGUGGAUUAAGAGUGAACUCCAGAAAUUCAAAUCAGAGGGUCUGCUCAAGGAUGUGAAACAAGAGUUGGCCUCGUGGCAGCAACGGGAACGCGAGCGACUUCAGACUCUGGUGCAGCACAAUUCCUUCACCGUGGAGCAACUGGAGGCGAAGAUUAAGCAGGAUCAAUCGCACUUCUUUGACUUGGCCAAUACGUAUCAGGUACGUGUCGAGGAUAUACAGGAAUGGCUCAAGAAGGAGCUAAUGCGUCUGCAGAGCGAGGGUCUCCUCAAGGCGGAAGCACUCAAGGAUUGGCAACAAGCGGAACGUCUACAAAUCUCCAAGUUGGUGCAACAGAACAAAUAUUCCACAGAAGAGUUCGAGCGGAAACUGCUCGCUGAUCGUGCUCGUCUCAAUGAGCUAUCGAAGACCUACAAUGUUCAAGUGUCCGAGAUCGAGCACUGGAUUCAGUCGGAAGGGGAGCGACUGCAGCGUGAGGGACAACUGCAUAUGGAGGCACAGUUGAACAAUUGGCAGAAGAUUGAACGACAGCGCCUGCUCAAUCUGAUCAACAAGAACGAUCUAUCCAUUGAGGAGCUGGAGACAAAGAUUACCAAGGAUCAGACGCAUCUGUAUAGCCUCGCCCAGCAGAAUCAGGUGCGCGUCGAGGAGAUCGAACAGUGGAUCCAGCAACAAAUCAAAAAGCUCCAAAGCGAAGGCCUCAUCGAGAUGCAGCGUUUGCAAGACUGGCAGCAGGAAUGGCGCGGCAAUCUAACCAAUAUGGUGCAGGAGCGAGACUACACCGUCGAGGAGUUCCACAAGUGGCUGCUUGAGGAUCGCGCACGCCUCCAGAGUCUGGCAAUGCAACAUAACGUUCAGAUCGAGGAGAUUGAACAGUUUGUCAAGAAGGAGGAGCAACGUUUCAUUGGCAUGGGUCUGCUCAAGCCCAGCGAGAAGCUAACCAACUGGCAGGAAGUGGAGCGCCUGCAUCUCAAGAAUCUCGCCCAGCAGCAAUACAAAUCAACGGAGCAAUUGGAGGCGCGUCUGCGUCAGGAUCGUGAGCUGCUCGAGAAACUGGCACGCCAAUACAGCGUUCAGGUUGAGGAGAUCGAGAGCUGGAUGAAACAGGAACUCGCCCGUAUGCGUGACGAGGGUCAGCUCCAGAUCGAUAAUCUAACCAGCUGGCAGCUGGCGGAACGCGAACGCCUCGAAGCAUUGAUCAAACAGAACAAACAGUGGAGCGCCGAGGAUCUUCAAGCUGAGCUGCGCAAGGAUCGUGAGCACAUGCAGACAAUGGCCUUCCAGUACCACACCUCCGUGGAGGAAAUCGAACGUUGGGUCCAAUCGGAGAUCGAUCGACUCCAGCAGCAGGGCAAACUCAACAUUGAGCAGCUCACCGCUUGGCAGCAGGCUGAGCAGCAGCGUAUUUUGUUGCUCCUUCAAUCACAAUCUAACAUUACAAUGGAACAGUUCGUGACCAAGGUACAAAACGAUCGCAGUUUCCUGCAGAGAUUGGCGGAUCAACAUCAUGUGAGCAUCGUAGAAAUUGAGACGUACAUCAAACAGGUUAUUGAGGAUCUGGCCAAGAAGGGACAAUUUGAGAUUGAGCAGCUGCAAACGUGGCAACUGGUGGAACGCGAUUAUAUCAAGACCAUGAUAGCUGAAUAUAAGAAUGGAUUGUCCACGGCCGAAUAUGAGCAGAAAUUGCUGGCGGAUCGGGCACAUUUGAAUCAGCUGGCCGCCCAGUAUCGCCUUAAUGUGGAGCAAAUUGAGACAUGGAUGAUAUCGGAGCUGAAGCGCUUGCGGGGCAAUACGGAGAACUCUCUGAAAACGCUCAGUGCCUGGCAGGUGUCCGAGCUGGCGCGUCUGCAGAAUCUGGUUAAAGAACAAACGCACAUCAGCUACGUGGAGUUCGAAAUGGAGCUGCAAAAGGAGCGGGAUCGCCUACAAAAGCUGGGCAAUCAGUACUCGGUGAAUGUUGAGGAGAUCGAGCAAUGGCUGCGACAGCAAUUGAUUAAUCUAAGGACCACUGGCAAUGCCAAAGUGGAGAAUCUAACCAAAUGGCAGAUCGCGGAACAGGAGCGCUUAAUUGAGUUGCUGUUGAAGCAUCAGAAGGAUCUCAACUAUGAGGGUGUGGAGAAUGAGCUGCGCAAGGAUCAUGCUCGCCUGCAGAGUCUAUCGCAAACGAAUCACGUGAGCAUCGAUCAGGUGGACAAUUGGCUGCGCGAUGAACUGCAGCGAUUGCAGCAAUCGGGAUUGGUGCAAUUCGAGCAGCAGACGCAAUGGCAAAAACAAAUUAGCCAUGGCAUUGAUAAUUGGCUGAAACAGCAACAGGACUCAACGACCUAUCAACAAUUUGUGGACUUCCUGAAACGUGACAAGGCUCGUCUCAAUGGCAUUGCCAGGGACUAUCAUGUGACUGUGGACCAAGUCGAACAGUGGGUGCAAAAGGAGACGGCCAGACUAUCGCUAAUUGGUGUCAUCGAGAAGCCGCUGGAUAACUUCAGAUAUGAGGAAACGAUCAACAUUGGUGAGUCGCAGCCGUGGAGGGAAUACUUGACCGCCGGUCUGCGCAGCGAGGCUUUUGUGAAGCCCAUGUCGUGGCAGGAGUAUAAGCUGUAUGUGGAGAGACAUCGGCCGAACUUUGAGCGAUUGGCGCAACAAUAUCACAUUACCAUCGAGGACAUUCAUCUGUGGCUGGAUCAAUCCGCAAGGCAGCUGGCCAAUGAGGGACUCAUCACUGGCUCUCACACCCUGACGAAAUGGCAGCUUCAGGAGCAACAAUAUAUCCAAGAUCUAAUCAAUCAACAGCUUCGUCGUGGCCAACAAUGGAGCAUUGAGGAGCUGCAGUUGAAGUUGAUCAAUGAUCAAAAACACAUACAGGACUUGAUGCGUCAAUAUCAGAUUAGAAUUGAGGAACUCAAACUAUGGUAUAAAAACGAACUCAAACGUCUGCUGGAUGAGCGUAAAAUUAAGAGUGACUUUGGAUUGCCGUGGCAGACCAAGGAAACGGAACGUAUCUAUCAGACCGUUUUGCGUAAUCCGAUCAAUCGGACUGAACUGGAGAAACUGCUAAUGAUUAAUGUUAAUUAUCUAGCGCCACAGUAUCAGAUCAGCACUGAGGAGCUGCGUAUGUUUAUCCGGGAGAAACUGCAGCGCUUUGCUGAUAUGGGACUGAUUGUGGAUAGCCAGGUGGUGGGCAUCAAAUGGCAGGACCAGGAACUGCAACGUCUGCAACAGAUUGGCUCCAGUGUCAUCAUUACGGAGAGGGAGCUACUCGAGCUCAUCGAACAUGACGAAAAGUAUCAAAUGGAACUGGCGCGUCUCUAUGGCGUUGGCUUGAAUCAAUUGGCGCCAUGGCAACGGAUCUCUGUGACCGGCAUGUCCACACGGCAUCAGUUGGAGCAGCGACGACUCAACGUGCUCACCAAGUGGCAGGAAAAGGAACGUGAUCGCUUAUACGAUUUUAUUGGUACACAGAAAAUGACGUUGCGACAACUUCGCGACUGGCAGCGACAGGAUGAGGAGAAACUGCAGAGAUUUGCCCAACAAUAUGGUAUCAGUUUGCAUGAGCUGAAAUCGUGGCAGCUGAAGGAAUUCCAACGAAUUAUGGAUGUGGCCCAAUACUAUGGCAUGUCCCUAUCUGAGCUCCAACAGUUCCGCGAUGAGGAACUACAUUACUUGAGCUAUCUGAAUCAUCGGAAACUCUUAGCGGAGACCGAAGUCCUGACCUGGGAGAACAAACAGCAUUGGCGCCUGCAGAAGUUGCAGACAAAGUACAAUAAAUCUGGCGAGGAGUUGAGCAUCUGGCGUCGCACUUUGUAUCUGUUGAGUCAGGGUUUGAUCGAUCUGCCCGCUGGCAAUGCUGGCUAUGUGGUUGAUCCGGGCACCACCAAUGCCACCGCUGUGCAGAAACCCAUUUUCUCCAAGGAUCGUGGUGAUCAGCCGCCCCAUGUAUACGAUGAGACAUACAGUACGGAUGAUGAGGAACCGGGUUUGGAAGGUGAAACGAAGUUACCAUUGCCAUUGCCCAUGCCAAUAGCAUCUACCCCGUCGCCAUUACCCUAUCAGCGUGGCUCAUCGAAUGGUAAUAAUGCUGGCUUCGAAUAUCGUCGCACAGAUUACACAUACAAUGUGCCUGUGAGUGGCGCUUCGGCUACAGCAAGUGGCGGACUUGGUGGCUCCACGGCCAGUGCCAGUGCCAGUGCCAAGCUGGGCAAAUGGAGCCGGGAAGCGGGCGACGAGCCGGGUCUUGCUGAUCUGGGACAGCAGGAGCAGGUGGAUUUGGGUCAGCAGCAGCAGGUGGAUUUGGGCUGGAAUGAUGGUGGACAACAGCAGCAACAGGAAGUCGACUGGAAUUCCAACUACAAAUUGGACAGCGAUGCUGGCCAACAGCAGCAACAACUGCUCGAUGAUACACAAGAUUUCGGACAGGUGCAGGUCGAGGACCUGAAUGGCCAGGGAUAUGCCCAGACCCAUGGCUCCAACUACGGACAGCUGAAGCAUGCCGAACCAGUUGAAACAACGACGAUAGCCAGCACGUUCGACAAAUUUAAGAAUAAGAUAACCGGCAUCUUCGGUUAGAGCUCGAAACGCAACGAGAACUGCUAUAAAAACAUAAGCGCAUUGAAACCCGAAAUGAGCCCCAAAAAACAUGGAUCAUAAAUCAAAACAACGAGCAAACACUUUUCUACAAAAGUUUCUUUAAUCAGUUUAGUUUACACUUAAAACGAAAAGAUUUUUGUCGGUCGCAGUUGUACCGCAACACCUACUAAAUACUUACUUACAUACAUAUAUGUGUAAUACUCGCUCUAUAAGGACGUACCUUUGUAUUUUGUUUGCAUUUUGCCUAAUAAACUUUGAAAAUAUA